AUGGCUGCCGUCUCGGUCAAGAGCAGUACUAGAUGUAGCUCGUCCCAGAAAAGGAGGGUCGCUCGAGUGGCAAAGCAGAUAGAACGGGAAGUGGGCACUCUCCUGCUCACAGACAGGGUGCUCCAGGGAGCAGUGAGCCCAGAGGUGAAGCUGGGGCUGGAUUCUGCUGUGUCAGCCCUUGCCAGUGUGACAGACGUGGAGCUGUCAAACGAUUUGCAAGUGGCAAAGGUGUAUAUCUCCAUCUACAGCGAUCCAGAAGGCAAAGACAUUGCCAUGCGGGGGCUGUCGAGGCUUGAAGGGUAUGUGAGGAAGCACAUAGCGCAGACAGUCAACCUCCGGCUGUGCCCAGAGAUCAGAUUCAUCAGGGACGACUCGAUGCAGAGAGGAGAGGAGGUGCUGGCCCUGCUGGAGCGGAUAAAGAGGCAAGAUGCCGGAGAGAUUGAGCCUCCGGCCAUAGCUAUUGGGGGAUUCAGGGGUGCCAGCGCAGAAAAUGACCUGGAUGAUGAUGAUGAUGACGAGGUUGAAAUUGAGGACGAUCUGGAGGAAGAGGAGGGGUUCUUGGAUGCUCUGGAUGAGGAUGAAGAUGCAGCAUCAGAUGAUGAAGGUGGGGAGGAAGAUGAAGUGGAGGGGUUGCCCUUGAUACCCGACAGAGAUCUGGACUUCAUGCCUGACAUCGAUGGCAGCUUUGCGCCGACUGUGAGGGAGCCCUGGCGGUCUGAGAGGGAGCUGAAGCGAGUGAAGGGGCGCAGCAAAAAGGGCGGCAGGAAAACCAGCUCCAGGAGACGCUAG